UUGGUUAUCAUCAUCAUGAUCAAGGAAGAAGCGGCGCAGUUGAAGGUCGGAGUCGCAGUGGACGUUCUUUGGAAAGCACUGGCUCACGACUUGAACCGCGUCAUCCCGCACAUACAGUCGGACAUCGUCAGCGCCGCCGAUGUCCUAGAAGGAGACGGCGGCCCCGGCACCGUCUACCUUUUCACCAGCACCAACUCCGGGAAGGUAAAGGAGAAGGUGGCAGAGGUGGAUGCAUGUUCGCACAGAAUAGGGCUGGAGGUGACGGAAGGUGGGCCUCUGGAAAAUGGCUACGGCUACCACAAGACGACGUUCCAGCUGACGUCAGCCGGGGAGGAGGAGACGGUGGUUGAUCUGACGGUGGCUUACGAGCCUCGUCGUCAUCAUGCGGCGGCGCCGCCACCAAAGACCACGGCAAAUGUCUUGGAUUUCAUCACCCUCUUGGAGAAGUUCUUGGCCGACGGUGCUGAAACGGGGAAAAUCGAUUCCUAA